CAUUACAUACACUAUUUAUCAAGACCUUCAGUACAGUUUCAUACAGCACUGUGCCUGUCAUGACUCAGCUGCAGACAUGAAUAGCCAAGAAGUUACUUAUGCAGAACUUAAUCUGAUGAAAGACUCAAAGAGACAGCAAAUGAAACCCAAGGGCACUAAUAUUUCCAUUUCAGUAACUGAGCAGGAACUGUUCUAUGCAGAAUUAAAUCUUCAAAAUGCUUCUCAGGAUCUUCAAGGGAAUGACAAGAACUAUCACUGCAAAGGGAAGCUCAUUGCUAGGAUCCUGGGAAUCAUCUGCCUUGUCUUGAUGUCCACUGUGGUAACAAUAGUAGUUGUUACCUCUACUGAAAUACCAGAGCAGAAAAAUUUGUCCCUGACAACAAAGAUCCAGAAAGCACAUCACUGUGGUUGUCCAAAAGAGUGGUUUGUGUAUUCCAACAAUUGCUAUUACAUUAGCACUGAGAGAAAAUCAUGGAAUGAGAGUUUUAUGUCCUGUGCUUCUAAGAACUCUAACCUGCUGUACAUAGAUGAUGAAGAAGAAAUGUGUAUGUUGGACUUCUUCAUUCAUUCUUCAUGGUGUAGAGUCUCCCAGACAAGAAAUAAUAGUUCAUGGCUGUGGCCCAAAGGCUUAACUUUCCUUUCCAAACCGUUGUCAGUAUCUUCAGAGUGGGACCACAAUUGUACAUUUUUAUACGUUCAGGCCAAAAAAAUUUUAAUUGAAUCCUGCUUAGAAAUAAAAACAUAUAUUUGUAAGCACCAGGCACUUCAACCUACCUAAAUCUGAUAUAAUGCUGCUUCACCGUCUAUAAAGAACAUAUUUCUCAUUUCUUCAAGCCAUAUGAUUAUUUUCUUAGAGUUAUCUGUUUAAGAUUUUAUUUUUUACAACAGUUUUGGGUUCACAGCAAGAUUAAGAGAAUGGUACAGAGAUUUCCCAUAACCCUCCAGUAUGCACAUAUGCAUGCCGUCUCCCAUCAUCAACAUCACUCAUUAGAAUGCUUUACUUGUUACCCAGGAUUAAUCUUCAUUGAUAUAUCAUAAUCCCCCAAGGUCCAAAGAGUAUCUGAGGUUUUACCUUUAGGGUUGUAGAAUUAUUUUUAAAUCUUUAUUUAUAUUAACAUAAAAAAAUAUAUACUCAGGAAUAUAUCAUCCAUUUGUUAAACUUUUUUUAUUUAUUAAAAUAAAUUACAUACACAUUAUAAAUGAUAAUAUCAAGCAUUAUUAUGAUAAAGCCCUCGGUAGGGUGAAAAAGCCCACUCAUAUUUCCAAAUUAAUUGAUUUGUUCUAGCCCUAAAGGGGCUGCAUGUGAAGGUUGAACGACCCAGAGUGGCAAGGUUAUCAGUCAGUGUUGAGGUAGGAGACAGAAACCAGGAGAAGUUUGAUAUAAAGAAUUAUUAACUAUAUGGGAAAGCCUAGCAUGAGGGGAUGAAACAAAGUUAUAAGAAUACCUUAGGCUUAAAGGAAAGUACCGAAAGGAGGGAUCACUGGGAAGCCAGGUCCGCUCUCUGAAGAGGGGAUUUAGAUGUCACCGAGGACAAUGUGGGUGCACACAGCUUCAUGGCCGACAUGCUCACUGGAUUGACCUGGGGCAGAGCAGCUCCACGGUCCCCUGGCUGAACUUGGUGAGGAAGGAUCUCGGUCUGAGACUGGCAGGGAGGAAGAACCCCCUGCCAGGGUGUUAGCAGGUAGAGGCUGGAAGAGGAAACUUUAACUGGCACGGGCCACAGACACUCGUGGAGGCUGAAUACACAGGACUUCCUGCAAACAGGCAGCUGGCAACCAAGCCAUAGUGGCCAAAGGAGAGAAAACACCAAGGAACCAGGAAGAAGAGCCCUUUCUGCUGCAGUGUCUCUCGAUGGCCUUUUACCAACAGAAGUCAACCUCCUGUGAGACGACAAGAGAGAAAAUUGAUAGGAUCUUGCACCGUUAUCUGAGAAAAGAGCACUGAGGGAUAGAUUUGGAGCUGAGAGUACUAAAUCGAUAACCAGGCACUCAGGGUAUCAUGCAACAAGCCCAGGGUUGCCGUCUAAGAGCCAUUCAGAUCUGCCCACUUCCUCAGAGAAUGGAACCAAGCUGUACCUUCUGAAUCCGUUUUAGUGCAGCACUAAUCAAAGAUCAGAUUCAUUUUUGGGGAGAGGUUGCUUUUUCAGUGAAUAACAACCAGUGUCCUUUGGUACUUCUUCUUGUCUGCUGUUUUCCUCACCAGGAUUUCAGAUAUUUUGGAAGGUAUCUUGUUUUAUUAAAUUAUCUGUGUCCUCACUCUGUCGUUCUGUGCCAGCAAAUUUAAAAAUAUACUUUGGCAGGGGCACCUGGGUGGCUCAGUCAGUUGAACGUCCAACUUCGGCUCAGGUCAUGAUCUCACGGUUCGUGAGUUUGAGCCCCGCGUCGGGCUCUGUGCUUUGGAUCCUCUGUCCCCCUCUCUCUGCCCUGGCUUUGUUUCCACUCUCCCAGUAAAUCAAUCAAUCAAUCAAUCAAUCAAUCAAUACUUUGGCAUGAAAAAUAAAAUAGUAAUUGAUGAAGAAAACAAGAAUUAAACAUGUACAGAUAUUUGUGUGGGUAAAACAGCUAGUUAUUGCCAAAUCACGAGACAAACUUUAGUAAUUUGAUAGUGAUUCAGAGAUUUUUCUACUGUAAUUCAGUGACAAGAGGAAGAGAGAUAAAACUCAAAGUCGCAAAAUAAAUUCGCAUUUCAUAUGCUUUGAUCUCUUGAA